CACUCACCCUACCACGAUGCCCCUUCUCAGCGUACAGGAAUGUGACGACGCGCUCACGCGCCCCGGCUCCGUCUUCGAGACGACCCACGCGACGAUCGACGGCCGUGACCUGCGGGUAUGGAAGCACACGCCGUCGUCGUUCCCGGCGUUCGUGCGCGCCAAGUUUGCCGCGUACGCGAACAACGUCUUCGUGUCCUCGCCCAUCGCGGCGCCCGAGCCGUACGAGGCGCGCGAGGUGCUCACCUUUCGCGAGGUGUACGAUGCGGCGGUGCGCCUUGGCGCUGUGUUGGUUGGCAAGGGGGCCGGCGUGGGCUCGCGCGUCGCUAUCGGAGGGACCAACUGUACCGGUUGGGUAGUCGCCUUCGUCGCGGUGCACCUCAUCGGCGCCGUGCCCGUCCUGCUCAACAACGGGCUCCACAUCGCGGCCCAGAUCCACUGCCUUACCCUCACGCAACCGCUCAUCACGCUCGUCGACGACCAGGUCGCCGCGCAGCUCGCCCCCGUGCUCCCCGAGAUCGCGAGCAAGGGCGUGCGCAACGUCUGGGCGUGGGGGACUCUGGCCCACCUCCCCGAGGUGCGCGCCGCCGUUCCCGAGCUCGCAUCCUUCACGCCGUCGCAGGGCAACCUUGCCGCCGUACGCGCUGGCACCAACAUCGGGCUCGAUGCCGUCGGGCCCGAGUCGGACGGCAUCAUCUUCUUCACCUCGGGCACGACGUCCAUGCCAAAGGGCGUGCUCGUUACCAACCGCCAAGCGCUGCAUGUGAUCCAGUCAGGCGUGUACCCCCUCGCGCGCAUGGCCCUCCGCCUCGGCCUGCCGGCCGACGAGGCGAUCGCGAUGGCGACCGCCCCGCGCCCCGACACGGUCUCGCUCCUCUCCAUCCCGCUCUUCCACGUGCAGGGCUGCCUGACGUGGCUCGUCGGCGCGAUCGAUACCGGCACCAAGCUCGUCUUCUUGCGCCGCUGGAGCGUGGCGUAUGCCAUUGGCAUCAUGGUGCAGGAGAAGGUGACCAAGAUUGGGGGCGUGCCUGCCAUCUGCACUGCCGUCCUGCAGUCGCCACUCCUCCCGAAAGACUUCACGCUCACCGCGACGUCGUACGGCGGCGCGCAGCCGCCCACCCGUCUCCCGCGCGACCUGGCCAACCGCUUCCCCGGCAUGAUCCCGGCCACCGGCUGGGGCAUGACCGAGACCAACUCUGGCCACGUCGCGUUCGUCGGCCAGGAGUACAUUGACAAGCCGCUCGCGUGCGGGCAGGUCAUGCCGGUGACUGAGAUCAAGAUUGUCGAUCCGGAGAGCAAGCGCGAGCUGCCGGUCGGCACGGCGGGGCUGCUGCUCGCCAAGGGGCAGAACGUGAUGAAGGAGUAUGUGAACAAUGCGAAGGCGACCGCUGAAGCGCUUACCGCCGACGGAUGGCUCGACACGGGCGACAUAGCCUAUGUCGACGCCUUUGGCGACCUGCACAUCACCGACAGGGCAAAGGACAUCAUCAUCCGGGGCGGGGAGAACGUGCCUGCCGCUGAAGUAGAACGUGCGCUGGCGCUCGACGACAGGGUGCACGAGGCGUGUGCCGUCGCCGUGCCGGACGACGUGCUGGGCGAGCGUAUCGGCGUCGCGGUGUCCUUGGCGCCCGGCGCACGCGCCACCCCGCUCAGCGUCGCCGAGGCAGCUUGGCCGCGCCUGCGAUACCCCGCGCGCCCCGACGUCGUGGUGGUGGUUGAGGGCAACCUGCCGUGGAACGCGAGCCAGAAGGUCGUCAAGGCCGACGUUAAGAAGAUGGUGCUUGACCAGUGGGAGCGCCAGGGCCGCAAGCCCAUGGUCGACCCCAAGGCGAGGUUGUAG